AUGGAGUCCUAUGUGGUGAGCUGUAAAUAUGCUGAGCCGCAGUUCCCGCCUUGUGAAGAAGAUUAUAGUAAUUUUGGUAACCAAGUGGGGUAUUACAACAACUCCCAGGACAGUGGUAGUUAUGGAGGGGGUUAUCAGUCCGUGCAGCCCCCUCCACCUCCAUACACACCACAACAAACCGGCUAUCAACCCUCUGUGCAGGGGAAUCACCGGGAGGAUGGAGAGGUCCAGUCGCAGCACCAAGGUGCGCCCUUCCCCGGCUACAGAGAGACAAACGCACCCGGUAGUAAGGAGAGGUUCUCCGUGGGUGACAUGCAGUGCCAGGCCUGGAUGACCUGUACAAAGUCCGCUCAGGUGCAGAGAAAAACGGCAUGCCAGGGGAAAGACAAGCCGCCUAUUGUUGUCUACCCGUGGAUGAAGAAAGUGCACAUCGCUCAUGUCAAUCCGAACCAUGUGGGCCCGGAGCCAAAGCGGCUACGGACAGCCUACACGCGCCAGCAGGUUCUGGAGCUCGAGAAGGAGUUUCAUUUUAGUCGGUACCUCACGCGCCGCCGCCGUGUUGAGGUAGCCCACGCGCUCUGCCUGUCCGAGCGGCAGGUGAAGGUGUGGUUCCAGAACCGGCGCAUGCGCUGGAAGAAAGACAACAAGCUACCGAACACCAAAGGAAGGAGCAAAAACAAGAAAACAACGGACGACAACAACAGCAGCAGCAGCAGCAGCAGCAGCAGCAGCGACAGUGAUGUGAGGGCGGUGAUAACUGUCUGA